AUGGAGAAGACCAUUCGAGACUAUGACCACCGCCUCGACGACAGGGUGCGGGCAUGGGCAAUGCCAUUCGAUGCCUCGUACUCUACUGACGAGUUGCUGCGCGGCGCCAAGCGUCUUGCGGAUGAGUACGGCACCGGGCUGACGCUGCACCAGAUUAACGCUCAGCCGACUGUCGAGCGAAGUCUCAGAGAACACGGCAUGCGCCCUGUCGAGUACCUGGACUCGCUGGGCAUACUCGGCGAGAAUGUGCUGCUGUCGCAUGUGAUUGGCGUUGACGAUGCGGAGAUGGAUGUGAUGGCGCGCACGGGCGCGACGACGGUGAUGUGCCCGUCGCAGACGCUGAAGCAGGCGACCGGCAUUACGCGCAUAGGCAAGCUGCCGGAGCUGCUGGAGCGCGGGAUAAGCGUGGGACUGGGCACGGACGCGCCGAACAACUCCAACCUUAUGGAGACGAUGCGGGCGAUGUACCUUGUCGCGGUGAUAUACAAGGACGGGCGGCAGGACAUGAGCAUGAUUCCGCCGGAGACCGCGCUGGAGCUUGCGACGAUUGGCGGCGCGGCGGCAUUUGGGCAUGGCCGACGACAUCGGCUCAAUCGAGGUGGGCAAGAAGGCGGACAUGGUGCUGUUCGACACGCGGCGACCGGAGUGGCGCACGCUGUUCAAUCCCGUGAACAACCUUGUGUACAACGCGGACGGCAGGAGCGUUCACACGGUGCUGGUGGACGGCAGAGUGGUUAUAGAAAACUACAAGCCGACUUUCGUGGACGAUUGAUGGAACUGGAGCAGAUCAAAUACUGGCUGGCGUUCAAUAAAGUUCGCGGCAUUGGCAGAGUGCGCUUCAAGCUGCUGGAGAACCACUUCGAUUCAAUGGAAGCGGCGUGGUCGGCGAGUGAAGCGGAACUGCGCGCAGCAGGCUUGGACAGGCGCACUAUUCGCUCGGUCGCGGACGGCAGGCAGAAAUUUGAUCCUGAUGCCGAGGCGGAACUGCUGCUCAAGAGCGGCGUCCGCGCCUUCACAUGGCACGAUGACGAUUACCCUGCGCAGCUGAAGGAAAUCUACGACCUUCCGCCGCUUAUCUACGUGAAGGGCAACCUGACUCCCGAUGAUGAGCGCUCGGUUGCGGUGGUAGGAACUCGCAAUCCCCUCGCACUACGGCCGGCAGGUUGCCGAGCAUCUGGUCUAUGA